GCGCAGAGCCGAGAGGCCUGUGCUCCUCGGCCCACAACGCUAGGCACUCGGCGGGGGCGGGGCGGCCCCGGGCGGUGGGCCUGGGACCCUGGCCUGCGAGAGGAGUCAGCCCCCAGCUCCGGAAGGCUUUCAGGGCCCUAAACGUGGUCCUGAGCUGGAGAAGGCUGGGACCAGGGUUCCGAGUCCCAAGAUAGAAUAUGGGGGGUGCCAUGGCCGAGGCCCCUGACCCCUGCCCACCACCUCCCAGCCCCAGGAUGCUCCCCUUCGCCUCCUGCCUCCCCGGUUCACUACUGCUCUGGGCGCUGCUGCUGUUGCUCUUGGGGGCAGCGUCUCCCCAGGAUUCCGAGGAGCCGGACAGCUACACGGAAUGCACAGAUGGCUAUGAGUGGGACCCAGACAGUCAGCACUGCCGGGAUGUCAAUGAGUGUCUUACCAUCCCUGAGGCCUGCAAGGGAGAAAUGAAAUGCAUCAAUCACUACGGGGGCUACUUGUGCCUGCCCCGCUCAGCUGCUGUUAUUAAUGACCUACAUGGCGAGGGACCCCCUCCACCAGUGCCCCCUGCUCAACACCCCAACUCCUGCCCGCCAGGCUAUGAGCCCGACGAACAGGAGAGCUGUGUGGAUGUGGAUGAGUGUGCCCAAGCUUUGCAUGACUGUCGGCCCAGCCAGGAUUGCCAUAACCUUCCUGGCUCCUACCAGUGUACCUGCCCUGAUGGCUACCGCAAGAUCGGGCCUGAGUGUGUGGACAUAGACGAGUGCCGCUACCGCUAUUGUCAGCACCGCUGCGUGAACCUACCUGGCUCCUUUCGCUGCCAGUGCGAGCCGGGCUUCCAGCUGGGGCCCAACAACCGCUCCUGUGUGGAUGUGAACGAGUGUGACAUGGGGGCCCCAUGUGAGCAGCGCUGCUUCAAUUCCUAUGGGACUUUCCUGUGUCGCUGCCACCAGGGCUAUGAGCUGCACCGAGAUGGCUUCUCUUGCAGUGAUAUUGAUGAGUGCAGCUACUCCAGUUACCUGUGCCAGUACCGCUGUGUCAAUGAGCCAGGCCGCUUCUCGUGCCACUGCCCACAGGGCUACCAGCUGCUGGCCACACGCCUCUGCCAAGACAUUGAUGAGUGUGAGUCUGGAGCACAUCAGUGUUCUGAGGCCCAAACCUGUGUCAACUUCCAUGGGGGCUACCGUUGUGUGGACACCAACCGCUGUUUAGAGCCCUAUGUCCAGGUGUCAGACAACCGCUGCCUCUGUCCUGCCUCCAACCCCCUGUGUCGGGAGCAGCCUUCAUCCAUCGUGCACCGCUACAUGAGCAUCACCUCAGAGCGGAGCGUGCCAGCAGAUGUGUUCCAGAUUCAGGCGACCUCUGUCUACCCUGGUGCCUACAAUGCCUUUCAGAUUCGUGCUGGAAACUCACAAGGGGACUUCUACAUUAGGCAAAUCAACAACGUCAGCGCCAUGCUGGUCCUCGCCCGGCCAGUGACGGGCCCCCGGGAGUACGUGCUGGACCUGGAGAUGGUCACCAUGAACUCCCUCAUGAGCUACCGGGCCAGCUCUGUACUGAGACUCACCAUCUUCGUGGGGGCCUACACCUUCUGAGGGGAGGGACCUGCAGCAAGGGAGAAGGAGGAGCUACCCUCCCUGCAGCCAAGGAGCUUGGGGCUCAGGAAUGACUGUUCUGCUAAAAGGGAGAUGUUGUGAAGGGCAGAAAGAGAAAGGCAAUAAAGGGAGAAAGAAGGAGUCCUGGUGGCUGAGGUGGUGGGUAACCUCAGCCUGGAGGAGGGGCUGGGCUUAUAGGAGGCAGGCCAAGCCUACCUAGAGGGGGAUGGGGGCUCUGUGUUCAGGCUGAGGGGCUCCACUGAUGGGAGCUGGGAACUCUGUCACAGGCUUCAGUCACCCUGAGGGAGAAGAAGGUAAUAAGGCAUGCAGAUCCUGGGCCCCAGCUGAGUGUUAGAUCUGGCUGAGAAACCCUGGUCCAGACAGUAACAGAAUGCCCAGGGUUCCAGUCCUAGCUGUGUCUCAAACUAGGUAUGGAACAAGUCCUAGGUAGCUUCCUGGGCAUGUUUUCUAAUCUAUAAAAUUAGGCAACCAGUGGGUAGUUUUUCAUCUUUUCCAACUUGCAGAACCUCUUACCAAAGGAAAUUUUGUAUGGUCAGGGACCAUCUGAUUAUACAGAUUCAAAACUGCAAUGCCCCACUGACUCCAUCUCCCUAACCAGGGAACUUCAGGUCCCAAGAAGCUUGCUUUAAAAUACACUAGACAGGCUGGUGGUGUAGUUUAGUGGUAAAGUGCUUGCUUAGCACUUGGGAGGCCCUGGGUUCCACUCUCAGCACUGCAUAAGAAAAAUAAGAAAAAAAAAAAA